UAUACUCAAUCUUCCCAUGGAUGAAAAAAAGGCACAAGCAGUUGAAAUAUUGGUAUCGUGUGCUGUUGUCCUCUCCUUUAGUUUGACAUUGUAUCCCGCCAUUGAAAUUGCCUAAAAUGCGGUCAAAGAUCGCUGUAAAAAGAGACAAGUGAUGGCAAAUUAUAUUGUGAGAGCAACACUUUCGAUCUCCGCUAUCACGGUUGGAUUUUGCCUACCGUCAAUAGGUUCGUUGAUGGCAUUGAUUGGUGCAUUUGGUUUUUCAAUAACUGGUUUGCUUUUCCCGACAAUUAAACAAUCGUUACAACCGACGUGAAAAGUUUGGACACUGGACAGCCCUGUUCUAGUUUUUUUACAAAUUUUCUGAAAAAAAUGUGUACACCACCCAACCUUGUUUUUUUAUAUACUUAUUUGACAAUGGUCGUCAACGAAUAUUAAAUUAUAUCUUAAUUGGAAAGAUAAGGAGAAUAAUUGGUGCAACCAAAUGAAAAUUAUUGUGAGUACGCUUUCUACGGUGAGCUGAUCAACAAACCGUAACCUCUUUUGAUAUAACUAUUGGAUCAUUUUCACCAAUUAUGGACUCAAAAAAUAGAUUGAAGCCGGUCUUAAGAGCAACAACAAAUGAUUCUGAAAGAGCGUCAACUGAAUUCGAUCCAUUUUCAGGGAGAAAAGUCGAACAUCCCACAAAUGAUUAUGAAACAUUGGCUCAUCUUAUGAAAGCAUCUCUAGGUACUGGAAUGCUUUCUAUUCCAUACGUAUUUAAACUGAGUGGUUUGUGGUUUGGUUUAAUACUCACAUUAGUGACAUCAUUCAUCUGUGCACAUUGUAGUUACAUAGCAGUGAAAUGUGCGCACAUUCUGUACAAACGAAUAAAAGUUUCAUCGAUGACAUAUCCCGAAGUGGCUGAAGCUGCAUUCGCUAAUGGUCCCAAAAGAGUGCGUUAUCUGGCGAAAACUGCUAGAUAUUUUGUAACGAUUUGCACGUUUAUCACUUACUUCGGCGCAUGCUCUGUAUAUGCAGUGAUCGUUGGCAAGAACACAAAACAAAUGGUCGAGUACUACUACCCUGGAAGUGAAAUUGGUAUUCGCGUAUCGAUUUUAAUAUUCUUGCUGCCACUAGUUCUACUCACAUCAAUUCGGAAUCUGAAAUUUCUGGCUCCCGUUUCGAUAUUGGCCAACUCUUGCAUGGCGGCGGGAUUGAGCAUUACAAUCUAUUAUUUUGUAAGGGAUUUACCAGAUAUUCGUGAGCGCCCCUUUUUGAAUGAUGUUAGUGGAAUUCCAGCCGCAAUACCGAUGACGGUUUUUGCAAUUGAAGCGAUCGGUGUGAUAAUGCCGCUUGAAAACCAAAUGAAAAAACCACAAAACUUUGUGGGAAUUUUCGGCGUUUUAAACCAAGGAAUGGCCAUUGUUACGGCCGUCUUUGUUAUACUCGGAUUCUUCGGAUAUUGGUGCUUUGGUAAUGCUUCCGAAGAUAAUAUUGUACUCAAUCUCCCCGUUGAUGAAAAAAAGGCACAAACAGUUAAAAUAUUAAUAUCGUGUGCCGUUCUCCUCACAUUCAGUUUAACAUUGUAUCCUGCCAUCGAAAUUACCUAUAAUGCGGUUAAAGAUCGCUUUGAAAAGAAACAAGUGAUGGCAAAUUAUAUUGUGAG